AUGGCAAUGCGUCCUGCGCUUCACUGUACUAAACCUGUUUACUUACUGCAUGUAUCAUGCUCUGAACAAUAUGGCAUGUCACGACAGCGAGCCAACGAAAAACGAUCACCUUUUAAGAACAAAACUACCUCACGACCAACUAAUAUAAGACCAUACAUCACAGAAUCACAAUCCAACAGCGCAGAAAGAUGGAGUGGGCGCGCUCCAGAGCACAAUAUGGCUCUCCAACAGAUUUUAAAACUUCAAGAAGCAAGAGCUUUACACAAGACUUCGCUACUGCCAAUAUAUAAGAAGAAUGGCCUGCCAUCGCCAACUGGAGGCAGCUAUGACAAAUCUGAAAAGAGACCUGAAUAUCAUGACCCCAGCGUUUUCGAACAAUCAAAAUUAGAAACAGAGUUCAGAAAAUUAAUGGAACAAUCAGGCAAAGAUAUGCGUAAUGAGGAGUCUUUAAAAUAUCUUCAACAUAUGAUGGAGGCAAAACAACACUAUGACUAUUUAAAAAGUAUUCAAGACAGGGAUAGAAGGUGUAUUGAAGAAAAAACUGAAGUAAAAAGGGAAGUCACUUCGCCAAGUCAGGAUAAAUCUUCUCCAGUACAUGAAUCAUCUCCCCAUAGAGUAUCAUCAGCUGAAGUAUCUCCUACUCAUAGUAUCCGCUUAUCAACUUCAUCAAGUCCUCUUUCAACAACUAGUCCCAUUAACUCAUCUCCUUUGAGUCACUUACAAAACAUGCAACCAUUUGACUUCCGUAAACAUAGAACAACUGAGAACAACAUUAAGGAAGAUAGUAGAAAACCUUAUGAACUAGCAUCUGCAGAUAAGUCUACAAUGGAUUUAGUAAGAAGUCAAUUUUUCAAUUUUCCUCUACCUUCAAACUUACCAAUUCCACCUAUGUCAAUACCUUCAACGUUUAAUCAUCAAGCUGCAAUGGUGGCCGCUCUUAGCCAAAAUCCAAUGGGAUUAGCUUCACUUCAAGCUUUACUACCUCAAAUGUCUACAAAAGCUACAGAACCUUCAGAAAACAAAGCUAGUAACAACGGCAAGAGAUCUGAUGUUUCAAAACCCGAGGACGAUAAUGUUCUGAAUUUAAGUAAAGAUGCUUAUGGAGAAGCUGCUCACAAUUCUAGGAAUAUGAUGUUAGGUAAAUGUAUUAGUCCACCUAAAAGACAGUGGGGUGCAUCACAAAUGCCACUAAAUUUGGGAACCCAUUUCAUAAAUCCCGCAACUGGUAAAAAAAGAGUGCAGUGUAACGUAUGUCUGAAAACAUUUUGUGACAAAGGUGCUUUGAAGAUUCAUUUCUCAGCUGUCCAUUUACGAGAGAUGCACAAAUGCACAGUUGAAGGAUGCAGCAUGAUGUUUAGUUCAAGGAGAUCAAGGAAUAGGCACAGUGCAAAUCCUAACCCCAAGCUACAUUCACCACACUUAAGGAGAAAAAUCUCUCCUCACGAUGGUAGAACUGCACAGCUGCAUCCAGUAUUGAUUUCACCACACCGCUCUGGUAUAAAUAUGCCACCGGUUAUCAACCCUAUGCAUCCAUUUGGCUCUUAUCCCCUUUUAAAUCCGUCACAUAAUAUGUCUCAGUACCCACCAAAUCUACCUUUAGAUUACAAAAGUACUGCUAAUAUGAAUUUUUCACCAUCAUUUGACCACUCACAUCCGAUGCAUCGUGAAUCUGACUCUGUGGAAAAUAAAGAUCAAGAUGGACAAGGAGACUCCGAUGAUGAUGAUGGAAUAGUCGUAGUAGCAGGAGAUGACGAUGACGAUGAUGGUGAUCAUAUUGAUACUAGUGAUUAUUAUUCAAACUUAAAUAAAUCUAUUGGAUCUAUAGAUGACUCAGAAACGGAUUAUGACCAAAGAAGUGUUAGUGACAAUAAUGAAAUAGUAGAUAACAAAAAAGAUGAUUCGGCUAGCUUAGAAGUAAUUAAAAGAAAACGUAAAAAUCUGAAUCCAAUUCGUCUCCAAAACAAUUAUAUUUCCGCAAAUGGCACACUAGAUCCAAACCGAAGCACACAGAACUCAGAUGAAUGUGCUUUAGAUUUAAAGAGAGUCAAAACUGAGGAUGUGCUGACUAAUGAUAAAGAUGACAAUACUUCAGAAGAAAAGGUUAAAAAUAUUGAGAUCACACAAGAAACCAGUGCAGUUAAAGAAGAACCUACUGAUGUAACGUAUAACGUUCGAGAAUUACGUGUUAAGGAGGAACCAGUUGAAAAAUCAGACGUAUUUAAGUCUAAUAGUACAGAUUCCACUGAAGAACAUUUUUCUUCAGCAAAUGCACUGAAGAGAUUAGAAAGUUUGUCAAAGGGUGAUUUUCCAAGUACGCCUAAGAAAAACGAUGGCCAUUCAUUAGGUCCAUUUAAUUUAUCAAUGAACGAUUCCAUUGAUUACUCUGAUAGAUCUCCAUCUUCUUCCGUAUCUAGUUUCGAUUACAAUGCAGAAGAUAUCCAUGGUCAAAUCUUUGGUCAUUUUGAUAAUGGUUUCUUUGUGAGCACUAGUGAAAUUCCUAUGGACCAUGAAAAUCCAAGAAAAUGCACGAUUUGCGGCAAAAUAUUUCAGAAUGCAUAUCUCUUAAAAACACAUUAUCAAAAUGCUCACCUAAAACUAAUGUACAAAUGCAGUAUUGAAGGAUGCAGAGCUGCUUUUUCUUCAAAACGUAUUAAAGACCGCCAUAGUGCAAAUAUGAGUUUACACAGAAAAAUUGAAGACUAUAGAAUAUCAGACGAGUCUUCAAGAAUUUUGGAGAAAAUCCGAGAACAAGUGGACUUAAUCUCACGGUUCAAUGAAGAGGAACGAGCCAUUCCCUACGUAGAAUCUCAUAUUUAUUACCGAGCAAGAGAAUCGGAUAAACCAAAAAGUUAUUUCAAUCAUCAACUGCCGUUCUCUUCACCAUACCCACCAUUGCAUUUACCUGAAGCAUAUUUGAGUAACAGAGAUAUGUUUGCCCAACACUCAUUCCUUUUUACUCCCUUUGGCGUGCUUCCAAACUUCCCUCCGAUACCCCUAGGUUUCUUACCAUCAGGCUUAAAUGCUUUCGGGUGCCCACCUAACUACUCCCCACCGCUGUCGAGGAAACUAAACUACUUUAUUGAAGACGAAGCACCACGCCCGAAUAAAGAUGGUAGCUAUCCAUGUCGGGGUUGCAAAGAGUGUUUCAAGGAUUUGCCUACUUUAAAGCAGCAUUGUGAAAGUGUGCAUGUACAAUCUUUACAUAAGUGUUCUGUUAGUGGUUGUAACGCCGCGUUCUUUUCGAGGACUAAAAGAAAUAUUCAUUAUGAAUCUCAUGUAGCACGUCGGCAGAAUGGCAGGAUCCACGCCACCGCCUCGUGA